AUGUCAGACAUGGGAACGUGCCUUUACAAGAUUCUGGGGCCAAAUAGAAAGAGAAAGACACUAACGAACAGACAAAAGAUUGUGUCUGAAUUUCAGCAACUGCAGCAGUUCCUGGAGGAACAAGAGCGAUUCCUGCUGGCCCAGCUGGCAGAUCUGAACGAGGAGAUUGUGAAGAUAAAGAAUGAAAAUAUCACCAAACUCUCGGAGGAAGUUUCCCGUCUCAGUGAGACGAUCAGUGAGAUUGAGGGAAAGGGUCAGAAGCCAGACGUCAGAAGCACCCUGAUCAGGUGUGAGCAAGGGAAGUUCCAGCACCCAGAGGAGAUUUCUCCUGAACUCCAAUGGAGACUCAGUGAUUUCUCCCAGAAAACUGUUGCUCUAAUAGAGACUCUGAGGAAGUUCAAAGUGAAUAUGACGCUGGAUCCAGACACGGCUCAUCCUGACCUUGUCCUGUCUGAGGAUGGGAAAAGUGUGAGAUAUGGAUUAACCUGGCAGUAUCUGCCCAAGAACCCUGAGAGAUUUGACACUGAGCCCUGCGUGCUGGGCUGUGAGGGAUUCACCUCGGGGAGACAUUGCUGGGAGGUGGAGCUGAUAGGGUACGGAGCCAACUCUCCCACCCACGUGGCCCAGGCCCAGCGUAACAAAGGAGAGGGUUCGGUGACCUUCAAGGAGAUGGUUGUGUAUUUCAAUAAGGGGCAGAGGGCUCUGAUGGACUCCGGUCAGAGAGCCCUUUACAGGGACAUCAUGCAGGAGAAUUAUGAGACUGUGACCUUGCUGGGAUUCCCCAUUACCAAACCUGACCUGAUCACCAGGUUGGAACGAGGGGAAGAACCGUGGGACCUCCAGGCCUCCAAGGAAAGGGAGAUCCUGAGAGGCACCCACACAAGUGAGGAGUCCGUGAAACUGACAGAGAAACCAUCUGCGUGGAGAGCUCACCUAGCAACUUCCCAGCUGAGCAUGCCGGCUCCACGCGGCAGACGGGCUCCUGCCUGGAGUACGCCGGAGGUGGUGGAUCUCCUGGGCCUGUGGGGACAGGGGGACGUGCAGGCACAGCUCCGAAACAGCCGUCGGAACUUUGACGUCUACAGCCAGAUUGCUCGGGGCAUGGAGGAGAAGGGCUACGACAGGGACCCGCAGCAGUGCCGUGUAAAAAUCAAGGAGCUGCGGCAGGCGUACCAGAAGGCAAAGGAGGCAAAUAGUCGCUCCGGUGCGGAGCCGCAGACGUGCCGCUUCUACAAGGAGCUGCACGCCAUCCUCGACGGCGACUCCACCUCCACCGCCAAGCAUCCUGUGGAUACUUUGGGGGACCUGGAGUCACAGGCCACCGGAGUGAACCCUGAGAUCGAGGUGAUGAUCAAGGAAGAGGAUGAUGAGGAAGAGGAGGAGUAUGGGGCACAGGCGACAGGGGGAUCUGGUGGUGUGGCGAGCCAGGACUUCUUUUUGACUCCUGAGCAGUCUAGCCAGUCCCAGCAGUCCAGCCCCGGUGAACCUGAUGCAGGGGAGGGAACCUCUGCAGCUGCAAAUGCGGCCUUGAGGGCCUCUCCGUCCACCCCAGAGGAGCGGCUGGGCCAGGUGAGGAGGAGAAAGAAGAGGACAAGGGAAGACAUGUUUCAGGAGGUCCUGCGAGCCUCCCGCGCUUCGGAGCGUGAGCAGAGGGCUUGGAGGAUAAUGAUCAAUGACAAAAUGCACAGGGAUAGCGAGGACAGGAGAAACGGGCAGCAAGAGAUGAUCACAUUGCUCCGGGAGCAGACAGACAUGCUGCGGUCUCUGAUUGAACUUCAGGCCGAACACAUCCGUGCUCGCCUCCCCCUGCAGCCCAUAGAGAACUGCAUUCCGGGAUCUCCCUAUACUGGCCUCCAUGUAUCUUCUGGGCCCGCAGCAGUACCCCAGGCACUCCACCCCACGGAAGAUUACACACAAUGACAGCUGCACGUACACCCGGCUGUGAGAGCCUUUUGGGUGUAUGUGCUUGUGAAUUCCCUCUUCCUUCCCCUUCAAAGAUACUUUCCCCUGUAUGUAUGAAGUUUUUACUUUAGCAUUACCUAGGUAUGUUUGCAUAGGUGUGGAAUAAAAAUGUAAAUUCAG